GCAAUCAGAUACACUUCCUGCUCAAGGAUUAGUGCUUGAUUGGUAUAGUACUAGCCGCAGGGCACAUUUAUGCUCCUAGGAUGCUGGACGCAGUACCCGAAAUGAAAGAAAUUAAAUGUACUGUCGUCAUCUGCCGUCUCAAAAGAGCUCACGAUGACCGUCUGCUGGCCGCUCCAAUUGUCGUACGAGUGUCUCGAGCCACGCCCUUUAUCCGAAGUACAUUUCCAAGUGCGUGGAGAACAGUACCCCCUCUCCAGCCCUGAACCCACCGUUCAACUCGAUAAUGGGUCGGUCAUUGGUCUCACCGAUGACGAUGGCCGGACCAACUCGUUCCGCGGCUUGAGGUAUGCUAAGCCUCCGGUCGCUGAAUGGCGCUUCCAGAAGCCUCAAGCCAUCGAUAAAUAUACUGGAGUCACGGACGCAACGUCAUUCGGAAACACCUGCUAUAACGUCACUGAUGGUGUUGCGGAUCCCACUAAAAUGCCGUCUUGGGUUACGCAGGAGAUGAAGGAUUUCCUGCAGGUCUUCAACCAUCUUGCUCCAGGAAUGACGUUCAGCGAGGACUGUCUGAAUCUUGACGUGAUUGUUCCCGCCACAGGUGUAUCCCCAGGUCACAAACUUCCUGUAGUCGUGUAUAUCCCGUUCUCUGCAUUCAUGUUCAGCGGCAGCACUGGUGUCGACGGAAGGAAAAUGGUGAAACGGUCCAUAGAACUGGGAGAGCCCAUAAUAUUUGUUGCACUCAAUCACCGCAUGGGACCAUUCGGCUUCCUCCCUGGACAAGAAGCGUUGGACAAUAAGAUCGGCAAUUUGGGUCUCUAUGAUCAACGCCAGGCACUUCGCUGGAUCCACUCGUACAUACCGCAAUUUGGUGGCGAUGAAGGCCGUGUGACCUUACUCGGCCUGAGUGCGGGAGGCGUGUCCGCCGCAUCGCACAUGAUCGCGAACAACGGCGACAGCGAGCAGCUCUACCACGGUGUCUGGGCCGAGUCCGGCGCCAUCCAGCCGGUGGGCUGGAUGAAUGAGAGCUCAGCCCAGAGCACCUACUCCAACUUUGUGAAGGCCGUGUGCGGCGAUGACGUCGAUGUCAAUCAUGCCCUUCCAUGCCUCAGGAACGCGUCGGUUGAAGCGAUCAGAGAGGCAGCGAAGCAAGGGGCGUGGCAGCCUUUGGUGGAUGGGGAAUUCCUCAAAGAUUAUCCCCAGCACUUGCAUUCUAGCGGCGCUGUGGCUCCUGUCCCUAUUGUGGCCGGGAAUGCCAACGAGGAGGGGGCGCUGUUCGCUGCUGAUUUCAUUGCCCUACCCGGUCCAUGGAAUUACUCUACCGCUGAAGGCGUCAAAAACAUCAUCAAGCUGGUCUACUAUCCCGAUAUCAGCGACAGCGACCUGAAUAUACUCGUACAUGAGCGGUAUCCUGACGACCCAGAACUUGGAGUUCCGUAUGGCACAGGCGACAAUUAUCAACAUGUGAAGGGUUGGAAGCGGUUGGCAUCCUUGCUUGGAGAUAUCGCCACCGAUGCUGUUCGGCGGAAGUUUGUUCAGACCCAUAGCAUGCACGGAUACAACGACACCUGGUCUUAUAUCUACCGACGACACAAUAUCACCGGCUUUGGAUGCACACACGGCUCAGAGAUCGACAACAUGUAUGAGGGCGGAGAUAUGGCAGACCGCCUGAUUUGGUUCGCCAACAACUUCAAUCCCAACCGCGAUACGGCAAUUGUAGAGUGGCCCAAGUACCAGUACGUGAGGCCCAACCCAAGCGAACCCAAUCCUCCAGAGCCGACGCUACUCGAGUUUUCUGCCUCCAAUACCCUCCGGCUCAUUCCCGAUACGUACCGAGAACAUGCGUUAGAACUGGUGAUGAGGUUGAAUUCAGAGCACCCCUGGCCAGUCUAAGCUAGUCAUCACGUUCGCCGGGUAUAUUGUAGAGGAGAAAUGUGGCACGUUGUCGCUGUCGUUCCACGGUACUAGACUGUGACACAUCCUGUGUCCC